AUGAAGCUGUCCUUCGGAGGAACCUCAGCCCUUGACUACUUUCUAAACAUGCUUUCCCAAUACUCAACGCCUUAUAUGUUUAGUCUAAGUGCCACCACCGUGUCUCGCCAAUACGGCCAUCGGCCCAAAACCCUGGUCUUGAAAUCAGGCGGUGAUAUACGUCGAUAUGAGGCACGCAAUAACAUUGAGAAUCACGAAGAUGAUGACAAUGGUCUCUCCCGCGAUCUAUCAAUGAAAAAGGCACAGAACAGUCACAAACUUCCCGGACAAUACGCAUCCACAGCAUACGUGAUCGCAAUAUUACUCACAGCCCUCGCCCCAACCCCGCCCAGUUCUUCCCACCAGAGAAACCAAGUCCAAAGUGGGCCGAGUCGCAAUCUGGUCGUUUCAUACACCCAGCCAAAGAACGAACCCUUCGUGUCGAACCCCUUCGUCAAGGACACAGAAGCCGCCCAUAUCUUCUUUUGUGGAUAA